UCUAAAAAAAAUAAAUAAUGCGCUUUUAUAAACUUUUAUACAAUUUGUCGAACAAAAAUCGCCAUUUUACUUCAAUAACAAGAUUUACAACUCAGGGAAAUUUUCUAAAAAAAUUCGUGUUGUGCAGAUCUGUGGCUCAUGUUUCAUCGGUGCGAAACUCAAAAAAUCAUUUCCAGUGCGUUAACAACACGAAACAAGCAUUGGAAACUGAAGAUGUCGGUUUACUAGAGACUGAGACUGACGAUGAAAUUAAAUUGGCUAAAUACUUUUUGUUUAAUAAUUCAUCUGAUAAUAUUAUCAAUGAGCUUAUGAAAGCUGUGAGCAUACAAGAAGUUUUCAAGAUAUUCACACAAAAUCGAGAUAGUUACAAUGAUGCUCACAUUACGCAAACUGUUUUGGUGUUGUUUGAUUUUUUGAAAUUGUAUUUAGAAGUUAAUAAUUUACAGCCAUCGAACAAAAAUAAAAAUGGUUUUACUGUAACUGUGCUAGAAAGUGAUGAAUUUAAACAACUGUUAGGUUUAAUCGAAAGUAAAAUAGACACAUUCAAUACCAAAUAUCUCAGUUAUGUAAUGCUAUAUUUAAACAAAUUAGGUUUAAAUCCAAAUCAUACUGUCAUGAUUAAAUUAGACAAUUUUAUGAGAUACAAAUUGGAACAUGAAUUUAAUUUGGAGGAAGCUUCUACUUAUUUUAAGUCCAUAUUUUGUGAUGAUUAUAUUAAACCACUAUAUCAGGUUAUCAACAUAAUUCCUAGUGUAUUUAAAUCCAUAGAUAAAUGUGAUAAUGUGAAUGACUUACCUAAUCUUAUUGAUUGUUUGGCCAAAGUUCAUAUGAUUUUAAAUGAGGAAGUACUUGAUAAACUCCAGAAAAAAAUCAAGGAUUUAUUAGAUAAAAAAAUAAUUACAGCAGAAAAUAGAAACAUUUUGUUAAAAACAAUACUACUUUAUAACAAUAUAUCUUGGAGGACAGAAUAUUCUCAAUUUACAUCCAAAUUAAUUUUAUUAAUGGAAAACCAAAUCCAGCAUCUUACCAUAGAUGAAUUGUUACUUCUUUAUGGGGUCUUCUUUAAAAACCAAGAACCGGGCGAAGUUCUGAGCACAAUCCAACGAUCCGCCGCCAAAUAUAUUCGCCAAUUGGAAGAAAGCGACAACGCAAACUGGGAGAAACGGGUAAAACUUUUUUCAUCUCUAAUUUAUUUUUCCUCCCCUCUGCACAAAAAACAAUACAGAAAAUUGAUAAAAGACUACGUGAACAAUUGUGUGAAUUAUUCGGAAUUGUUCCACCUCCGAAAACUUUUGUGUUACGUCAAAAUAAAGGACGAAGAAUUGUGUAACACGUAUUGGGAUAACGUUCUUAAAUGUCUUCAAACUGAAGAAAGAAACUUGUACGUAAUCUGUCAACAGUAUUUAAAUUUCAACACCGACAUCGAGGACUUCAGGCAUUACGACAUAGAAAAUUACUUGUACCGAAAUUUACUGCAGCAAAUCAAGGAGGGAAAUGUUACAAUAUUUCCUGCAAAUCUGGUUGUUGCACUGUCGUUUUUACUGACCUAUGGUAAAAAUAAGGAUCUCACUGAAAGCCUAAUUUAUUGUCUAGGCGAAAGCUACACUCAAAUCAGCGACGUUGAUUGUUUAAAAUUGUCGCAGUGUGUUUCCGGAGCGAGACUGAGCGACGCACUAAAAAAUAAACUAAAACUCAUCUUAGACAAUGUUUCUAGUAAUUUGUUAAUGUACAGCACUAAAAGAGACGCGUCAAUCCUACUUAAGGCAUCAAUUCUCAGGAGCAGUGCUGAAAGCGACCACGUGCAUGACUUGAUUAGUUGUUUGAAGCAUGAAGCUUAUAUUUCCUCUAAAACAAUGGAGAAUUUCGUUUAUUGUUUUCUCACUACCGGAAUUUUAAUACCUGAGAUCAUUAACAAGUUCACAUACUAUAUUGUGGAAAACAGGAAGAGCAUGCUUGCUUUCAACGUUGAUAAGUUCUUGUUCAUGUGCUACUUUUUGGGGUACUGUCCUGUUAAUGGAGACGACUUUUUUUCAGUCGCUUCAGACAUAAUUUUAAGGGACCAGGAAAGACUCAGUGGGUUGUCAUUUUUACAAUCAGCUUUGGCAUUAUGCUACUUCCAUAAACUACCCAAUUCGUUCAUAAAACAAAUAUUCAAUGUCGAAUUUUUGGAUAAAUUAGAUGUUGAAUUAGCCAACUGCUACUAUAAGGAUAAAUAUCCACAAAGGGUUAGGAAGAGCCUGAUGGAAUUGAACAGGGCCGUAUGUUUGGAAUAUCCCGAAAAUAAUGUGCCAUGGUUCCAUCAGAAAUAUAACGAGGAAAUGCACCGAAAAAUUGCCCUAGAACACGUUUAUCCCACAUAUUUUUCUAAAAGCGUCAAAGAAUAUUUGCUGCAAAUAGUUGGAAUGGGAAAGUCAGAUUGUCUAAGGCAAAAUAUCAGGACGCCGUACGGGUAUCACAUAGAUUUCGAAUUGAAUUUUAAUAGCAACAAAGAAAUUGUUUCAUCGGAAUCUGAUGAAAUAUGCAAAAAAGUCGCACUUUUACUAGUCAAACCGCAAGUCUUCACUAAGUUUUUCAUUAAUUUAAAAGGGAAGUAUCAGAUGAAGAAGAGACACUUGGAAAUGUUUGGGUACACGGUUUCAUUUAUUAACAUAGACGAAUGGAUGAAUUUGCUUUAUGCAGGUGAACGUUUAGAUUUUAUUCGUAGUAAAAUUUGGCUUGAAGACACCGAAGAUAGGUAGAGAAUAUUGUAUAUUUUUUAUUUUUAAAUGAAAAAAAGGAAAAACAUUUUA